AUGUUGCCGGAGUCAGGUGGCGAUGGUGGAGGCGCUGAGACAUUCAGCAACGACGCCAAGAGAGAGACGGUAGAGAUUGGCUGUUGUGUAGAGGAGAUUAGGGUAACUGCGUGUAAUACUAUAAAAUACAUAAUAACUAAUACAAGGAUGAUGAAUUCACAGCCUGCAACACAUACUAUAAGGUCUCAUGGCCUAACCAUAUCCAGGAUUCACAUGCAUGAUUGGUUGAUUCUUGCACUGCUAUUAGCGAUUAUGUGUCUUCUAGGUCUUCUCCAUCCUUUCCAUCGUUUUAUCGGAAAAGACAUGAUGGCCGAUCUCAAGUAUCCGAUGAAGCCUAGCACCAUCCCAUUUUGGACUGUUCCACUAUAUGCAGUUCUAUUUCCAAUUGCUAUCUUCCUGGCAUUCUAUCUUCGUAGAAGAGAUGUUUAUGAUCUUCACCAUGCAGUGCUAGGGCUUUUGUUCUCUGUUUUUAUCACUGGAGUUAUAACAGAGGCUUUAAAAGGUGCAAUUGGUCGACCUCGCCCAGACUUUUUCUGGCGUUGUUUUCCAGACGGAAUAGAUGUUUAUGAUCAAUGGGGAGAUGUUAAAUGCCAUGGUGAUAUCGAUGUUGUAGGACAAGGCCAUAAAAGCUUCCCAAGUGGGCAUAGUUCAUGGUCUUUUGCGGGUUUGGGAUUUUUAUCGCUCUAUUUAUCUGGAAAAAUAAGAGCAUUUGAUCAACAAGGCCAUGCUGCAAAGCUAUGCAUAGUGUUUCUCCCAUUAAUUGUUGCAUCUCUUGUUGCCAUUUCGAGAGUGGAUAAUUAUCGGCAUCACUGGCAGGAUGUAUGUGUAGGAGGCCUUAUAGGUAUCACAAUGGCCAUAUUUUGCUACUUGCAGUUUUUUGCACCACCAUAUCAUGCUAAAGGUUGGGGACCUUAUGCUUUCUUUCGGGCUUUAGAGGAGUCUUAUGCAAAUGCUAAUAAUGUGGGUGAAGUAGAAGUUCAGCAACAUGAGAGGAAUAAUGAUUUGGCAAUGGGGUCUUCAAUGGAUUCACAUAUGUCGGUAGAGGAUCUUGAAUCUGGUAGGUGUUAG